AUGUCUGAAACGUCGAUUAUCAAUGCGUCAGCAAUGCAAAUUGUCCGUAAGUCAGAAACACAACAUGUCAAAAAGCAAUCGGUGAGAGUGAAAGAGACGAAAAAGAUAUUGAAAUCGCGCGUGAUCUACAGCGAGUCAAAUUUGUGGGUCUAGGAUUUGUGGAAUUUUGAAAUAGGCUUUUGAUUGAUUUUUAGGAAUUGAUUCUUGAACUUUCUUUGUGCCAAGCGACUAAAAGUGAUCCUCAAUUUUUUUCGCAACAAAAUAUGUUUAGCAAGCGCAAUUUUAAAAAUUAUGGAUUUUCAGACCCACAAUUUUCAAUGUACCUUUGAUCUAUUUUUCUCUAAGUCUCCUUCACUCUCACCGAUUGCCAAUUUUCAUUGGGCUGACAUGAUGUGGAAAAAAAACGAAAAUGCAACAAAAAAAAAGAAAUGAAAAAUUUGAAAAUAUUUUUCCCGCUAUGCCACCGCUUAUCGCCACAAGACCCAACGAGUUGUAAAAUCGCCGUGUCUUCUUUUUAUUUUUCGCAAAAAAUCAGUAAAUUUAAACUCAGCAAUCCGUCCCGUAAUUACAUUGUAAAAAUAGCGUUUCUGUAACGAGACUAGGGUUCCGAUGUAAUUACAAACAGUGAAAAUCAACAGUUUGUAAUUACAUCGGAACCCUAGUCUCGUUACAGAAACGCUAUUUUUACAAUGUAAUUACGGGACGGAUUGCUGAGAAUAUAAACUGUUUAUAAACUGAUUUUUUCUCGUUUUUCCAUCACUACAGGGCAUUUAUUCCAGAAAUCCAUCAUUAUGCGGAAGGUCAUACAUCUGCCGAAGUGGACAAAUUGUAUCAAGACGACGCGGUUUGGAUAAUCUCAAGCAGUUUCAUCAUUUUCACAAUGCAUUCAGGAUUUGGUCUUCUUGAAUCAGGAAGCGUUUCAGCAAAAGAUGAAGUCAAUAUCAUGGUGAAAAAUGUGGUUGAUGUUGUUUUCGGAGGCCUCGCCUAUUGGUCUAUUGGUUUCGGCCUAUCUUAUGGAGACUACGAGCCGUUUCGCAAUCAAUACAUCGGCUUCGGUAAAUUCUUCUAUGAUCCAACGAGAGAAUUUGGGGAAAAAGACACGAUUAAUCAAGAAGGCUGGUCGUAUGCCUCAUUUCUGUUCCAACUUUCACUUGCAACCACUGCUUCUACAAUUGUAUCUGGAGCUGUGGCGGAAAGAGCGAAAUUGAAAUCUUAUAUUCUACUGGGUUGUAUAGUGAUAUUGAUUCAAGCAUUGCCAGCUCAUUGGGUUUGGGACAAAGAAGGAUUCUUCUAUAAACUGGGAGUCGUGGAUUUUGCAGGUUGCUCGGCGGUGAGUUAAAAGUUGAAUCUAAUUGUAAUUUCGUUUACAAUUUGUAAACGAAUAUUUUUUUCUGAUUUUUUUUGAUGGGGCAUCAGGACAAGUAUUAUCAUUAAAAUUGUACUAUUAUUUUAAUUGAAAUAAUUUUGAAACGUAAUUUUCUCAGACAUAAAUUGAUAAAUAAUUUUCAUUCAGUUUGUAAUUUUCGAAAUUUUAACGAAUUAAAAUGGUUGGAAGUAAGUUUGAUUACGUAGAAAAAUGUACCGAAAUUGUGACAAAUUCAAUUUUUCACCAAAAUCAAUACAUUUUGAUUUAAAAAAAUUAAUUUCAGGUUCACAUGGUUGGCGGUGUGAUAGGUCUUGUGGCGACAGUUUAUCUAAAACCCAGGCGGAAUCGAUUCAACGAGGACAGUGUUCAUCAAAUGAGCAGCCCCACAAAUGCUCUUUUAGGUACAUAUUUUGAUAUAAAAUCCUUUAAUCUAAAAAUCCAAAAAUCUGCGGUUUUUAGGAACAUUUCUGUUGUGGUGGGGAUGGUUUGGCAUAAAUGCGGGAUCAGUUUGGGGAAUCACAGGCGGAAGAUGGAGGUUGGGUGCGCGCGCUGCGGUUGCGACAAUUAUGAGUUCGAUUGGAGGCGGGGCCACGGCGAUUAUUAUCAGUUUUGUGAAGACGAAAAAACUGCAAGUCAAUUUUUUGAUUAAUGGGAUUUUGUCGUCGAUCGUUUCGAUUACUGGUGAGUUUUCUAAUGGAUUUUCUGCGUCGAAAAUUGGAAAAAACUGAAACCAUGGAAGCCUUGUCACGUGGAUUUUUGUCUUAGAAUCUCGAAAUUUCCUUUUGGGUUUUUAACGAGAAAUUUUUAAAUUCUGAGCGUAGACUUUAGCCUAGUAAUCUUAUAAAUGUCUGGGUAUUUCGUAUAUUUUUCGCUGGUUAUUACAACUUUCUAAAGUUCCACGUGGAUUUCUUUGUACUAAGCAAACAUUCAAAGCCUAAAACUUCUCUAUAUAUUUUCAUAGAAAGCUCUAAUUUUCAGCUGCGAAAUCCUGACAUUUCGGAAAAAGUCUGUUCGUUAAUUUUUCUAGUUGAAACAAUCACUGUUUCAAAAUUACAUAAGUUUUCUGGACAAUUGGUGUAAAUCAAUUGAAGGCAGUUUUUUCUAAUUUUUUGAUUCACAAUCAAAAAAAAAAUAUUUUAUUGAAUUGUUUUUCUAUACCAACGUUGACUUGUUAAUGAAAAAGAAACUGUUUCAAAAGUAUUUUUAUAUUUGAGAAAUGAGUUAUUAUAUUUGUUUGUCGAAAACAAUCUCAGCCUCUCAAAAAAUAUAUAAUAUUCCAGCUCUGUGCGCAGUCUCUCGUCCCUGGCACGCUCUAAUAAUCGGUUCAAUCUCCUCAGUCUUCUCAAUCAGUGUUCUUCCACUAUUAGAUCGUUUCAAAAUCGAUGACCCAGUUGGAAUUGUUCCAAUUCAUCUAACCAGUUCAAUUUGGGGAAUGUUAGCCGUUGGAAUAUUCUGCGAAAAGGAUAAAUAUUUAUCGAGUGCCACAAAUAACAUGCAAGGAAUUCUGUAUUCUUGGGAAUUCAAAUUGCUUGGUGUCCAAGCUCUAUGUGUUGUCACAAUUGUUUUUUAUUCCGCCACAGCUGGUUUUUUAGCCUUAUUUUUGAUAAGUAAAUCACCAUUGGGUCUCAGAGUUACUGAUUAUGAAGAACAAAUUGGUGCGGAUGUUAUUGAACAUGGUUUGGCUGGAACAAAUGUGGCGAGAUAUGUUCUUGAAAAACCGCUAUCAACAAGGACAUUUCAAACUGUCACCAAAGCAAUCACCAAAUGGAAAAUGUUGGCGAAAUCGAAAAGUCGACAAAAACGACAAGAAGCGGCAAGAUUGAAAAGGUUGGAAGAGCAAGAAGCUAUGAAGAAUGGAAAUGGAUUGAAUGGGACAAUUGGAAAUGGUGGAAUUGGUGGAGGAGCAAUUAAUAAUGUCAUACAUAUUAGGGGAAAUAAUUUGAUGAAGAGGAAUUCAACUGGAUCACAUUUUAAUAAUCAGGUUUUGCCAGCGAGUAGGUGUGAGUUAUUUUUAAGAAAUCUUAUCGAGAAAUGGUUAUAAAAUAUUUCGCCCAAAAUAGUUUGGACCAAAAAUUAAAAAAUCUGAUACCAGAAUUUUUCAAUUUUCCAGUUUUUGAAAAGAAAAUUUUUUAUUUCAAUUUUCCCACCGAAAAUUAAAUUUUUUUUCAGUAGGCACAGCUCGUCGAUCAAUUCAAAGUGAACGUGAACGAAGAUCAGGUUCGACUGCAAUUCAGAUGGAUUUAUUCACUCAAGACAAAACUAUAUAUCAUGUUGAAAGUCCGAGAGAAGAAGAAGAAAUCGAAAUUAUUGAGGAAAAAGUGGAUCGAGUGUCGAUAAGGUAACAUUUUUUGGGUUGUAAAAUUUUUGGAAUCGAUACAUGUCUGGAUUUAUUAGUUUCCAUUCUCAAUUUCAAUUGUUUGGUGAAUCCGAAAAAAUUGUAGACGUUAAACAUUAAAUAGUCUGAAAUUCCCAGAAAAAAUAUUCAGCAAAAAAUCUGAAAAACCUUGUUUUCCUUGACUGAACACUAAUACUUGACAAAAAACUCGACAAAUUUGAUUAUAUUUCUUUUUCACUAUCUGAACAUGAAAAAAUCGUGUUUUUCACCCACCUAUUUUUUUAUGUUUUUGUUUUUCUUCGGGGAUUUUCAGAGAAAAUUGUAGUUCUUGAUUGAUAUUUUUAUGAGCAUAAUGGGAUUAUCUGGAAAAUAAAAAAAAAACGAAAAUAAAGUGAGAAAUGUGGAUUUGUUGUAUAGGGGUUUUUUUCGAACAGUGAAAACAUAUUGCUAGGUAGUUUGAAUUUAAAGAAAAGAUGGAAUGGCUUUCCCAAAAAUUCCAAAAUUGUAUUUUAGCCAAAGAUUCGGGAAAAACAGGAAACGAAAGCUCAAGAAAAGGGCUAAAUAACUGUUGAGACACCUCAAAAUCAUUUGCAGAUGGGUAGAAACUUUGAAACAGUGAUUUUUUUCGAGAAAAAUUAAUAAAAUAUAAAUUUUCAAAUAUGCUUAAAAAUAAAAACUCUGUAAUUACACCAAAAUUUACUCAAAAAUCCAAUUUUCAAUGGGAACAAUGUACAUGUUUUUUGAUAUGAAAAUCCGAAUUUUCCCAAAAAGCACCGAAAAUCCAAUUAUUUCCAGAAGUUCCACCGCGUCCGCCGCAUCUACAGUACCCCAACUCCCAAAAAUCUCGCAAGCCGACUCCGCAAACAUUCGCCGAGUUGGUCAAGUUCCGGAAGCCGAUCGUCCAGCGACAACUUCCAACAUCUCAAUUCGUCCAGGGACUACCGGGAAAUUUGUGAGAAGUCCCGCUGCUCGCCCACUUUCCCCACCAAAUUCUCAUAAAACCGAGGAAGAAAAACAAGGGGACAACAAGAACGUGUAA